GGACUCGGCGCUCGGCGCGGGGGUCGAGGUCUCGGCGCGAAUCGAUGUGUCGGUGCUCAGCGGCCGCCAUGGCGCUGAGGGGCGUGCGGGUGGUGGAGCUGGCGGGGCUGGCGCCGGCGCCGCUCUGCGGGAUGAUCCUCGCCGAUUUCGGCGCUCAGGUGGUUCGGGUGGAUCGCACACCCCGUUCCGCCAUGGCCACAGACGUGCAGGGUCGCGGAAAGCGCUCCUUGGCGCUCGACCUCAAGCGGCCGCGCGGUACCGAGGUGCUAAGGCAGCUGUGCCGGGUGGCAGACGUGCUCAUCGAGCCCUUCCGCCACGGUGUCAUGGAAAAACUGGGACUUGGUCCAGAGGUCCUUUUGCGCGAGAAUCCCAGACUCAUCUAUGCUAGACUUACUGGAUUUGGCCAGUCAGGAAAAUAUGCCAAGUGUGCCGGUCAUGACAUCAAUUAUUUGUCUUUAUCAGGUGUGCUGUCAAAGCUGGGGAGAAAAGAUGAAAAUCCGUAUGCACCCCUAAAUCUUCUGGCUGAUUUUGCUGGCGGGGGUGUACUGUGCGCAAUGGGCAUUGUUAUAGCCCUCUAUGAACGUACCCAGUCUGGCAGAGGGCAGAUAAUUGAUGCAAGUAUGGUGGAAGGAGUAGCGUACUUAAGUUCUUUCCUGUGGAAAUCACAAAAUUUGGGACUUUGGAACAGACCUCGAGGUGAGAACCUGCUAGAUAGUGGUGCACCUUUUUAUGAAACGUACAAGACCUCCGAUGGAAAAUUCAUGGCUGUUGGUGCCAUUGAGCCUCAAUUCUAUAAGCAGUUCAUUGAGGGUCUUGGGCUAGAUUCAGAUAAACUUCCUAACCAGUUGAGUUUCUCCGACUGGCCUGAAAUGAAGAAAAAAUUUGCAUCCAUAUUUGCGCAGAAGACACAAGCUGAGUGGUGCAGCAUAUUUGAUGAUACUGAUGCCUGUGUGACCCCUGUUUUAUCCUUUGAUGAUGUUUCCUCACAUCAGCAUAACAAACAAAGAAGUUCUUUUAUCAAAAAUGAUCAGGAAGAGAUAAGUCCUAGACCUGCUCCUAUUCUGUCAAGGACCCCUGCUGUUCCAUCGUUUAAAAGAGAUCCUUUUAUAGGAGAACACACAGAAGAGAUACUUUUAGAAUAUGGAUUUACAAAGGAAGAGAUUGCUAAACUUUAUUCUGAUAAAGUAAUAGAAUCCAGUAAACCAAAAUCUAAUUUGUAAUCUCUAAUUAUGCAGAUCAGACAAAUUUCAGACUGAUACAGUAAGUUUCUAUGCAUUAGAGUUGAAUUAUAUAACAAACGUUUGCUUGAUAUUGCUUUUAAGUUGGUUUUUUUUUAAAUUAUUUGGUUUAACUUUAAUUGAAAUCAGGGGAAGUUAUGUAUUUGUGUGCCUGGGUAGCCUGCAGCCUAGAAUGAUACCAAAAUUGUGUUCUGAAGUUCUACACAGUUUACUUUGUAAGAAGCUGUAAAUCCACAAAAUAUUUCUUUAAAUAUCAUAUCCUGUGAAAUGAUUGUUUCUUUUAAUUCGUAAUUACACUGUUGCUUUGUA